UGGUUUUAUACUACGGUAGACACCAUCCUGAGUUCGAGAACUGCGUCAGCAACAAGAGAAACUGGAUGAAGCAACCGAUCUAAUGAUCAACGUAUUAAGGCAAACGGAGAACUUUGUGCAGCUGUGUGAGUUGCAGAGAGACAUGACAGGCUUCGAGGGUCUGGCCACCACUCAGCGGCAGUUCAUCAGACAAGGAUGUCUGUCCAAGUUCUCCCAACGCAAGGGCUACCAGCAGAGAAUGUUCUUUUUAAUGUCUGAUGUGCUGGUGUACACGAACAGGUGUGGUCACAUGUUUGUGGUCCAUGGGCAGUUGCCGUUGAGGGCGCUUAUGGUGCAGGAGAGAGCAGAUACACCUAUGACCAACUCUUUUGUUAUUUAUGGAGGAACCAGGGUAUUAACAGUAGCAGCUACCAGUGCAGAGGAGAAACAAAAAUGGCUGGAAGAACUAUCUCAGGCGAUAGCGGACAGCAAACAGAAUGAAGUCAAUGAUUCAAGCAAAAACAACUAUCUUAGUCUCAAGUCUUGCAGUUCGUCGGAUGAGGUGAUGGACAAGUGCGGGCAGAGCAUAGAGGAGGCCAACAGCAAGGUGUCUCCACAGCGCAGCAACACCACGGUGCAUGUCUGCUGGCACCGCAACACCUCCAUCGGCAUCGAGGACCAGCUCAGAGCUGUAGAGAACCAACUUAGCGGCUAUCUUCUGCGAAAGUUCAAGAACAGUAACGGUUGGCUGAAGUUGUGGGUGGUCUUCACCAACUUCUGUCUCUUCUUCUACAAGACUUAUCAGCAUGUUCCUUGGUUGUAG